CGGAGCAGCCCCCCUCCCGCCCCGGUCCGUACCCUGUAAAUCCCGCCUGAGGAAGGGGCGGGCGAGGAGAGCUCUUGCCCAUCUCAUUGGGAGGAAACUUGGCUGGAAGCUGGCUUAUCUUGUGGGUUAACUACAAAGUUGCGAUCGGUGCAGUCAACGGUGGAAAAGCUCUAAGACUAACGAUGUUACCAGCAUGGGAAGUGUAUCUCUAUGUGUUUAUUGCAGUUGGCUCUCACUUUUAUUCUUUCUAUGAAGUGUACAAAGUUUCCAGAAAAUAUGAAGAUGAAAUUGACAGGAAUUUUGGAUUGGAAGAGGGCGUUCUGUUUCGGGGGCUUAAAAAGGAUCCCCUGGAUUUUGAGUGGAGUUACUGGAUAGAAUGGGGAAGGGAACAUAUACUGUGGCUUCUGGUUGGUCAUCUACUGGUAUCACAAAUGUCCAGGCUCUUUAUGGAAAAGUAUAAGCCUUGGUGUCUGAUGGUUUAUGGAAUGGUGGCCUGCUGGUUCCUGUUAGGAAUCAAGGGUUUGGCAGUGAUAUUGCUACAUGCAAUUACUUCGUUUGUUGUGGCUCAGUUUAAGAUACCAGUCCUGACAUGGAUGUGCUCUCUUAUCCUGUUAUCCACCUUACGCAUACCAGCUGUGGAAGAAGCAAAGAGAAAAUGGUAUGACACUGAAAAUGAGUAUUAUCUGCUUCUGUUCACCAUGUCUGUUCGUUGCCUCUUCUACACUAGUUUCAGCCUAGAAUACUGUUGGCAUGGACCUACCCAGAAAUCAUCCCAUUCAUUCCUGUGGAUGCUGGCAUAUGUGUUUUAUUACCCUAUGUUCCACAACGGACCCCUUAUGAACUUCGAUGAGUUUAGUAAGCAGAUGAGGAGGCAAGAAGCCUUCAGUUUGAAGACGAAUCUUGGAAUUUUAAUCGUGGGCAUAAUUCGCAUUUUCUUUUGGUGGUGCUUGGCUGAGCUGAUGAUUCACCUCAUGUACAUCCAUGCUAUCUACAGUAGUUCUCCACCUUUGGAAGCUGUGUCAUACUGGGCUUUAGGUGGCCUGGCUUUAGCUCAAGUACAAUUUUUUUAUGUGAAAUACCUGAUUCUGUAUGGUGUUCCUGGCCUCCUCCUCCAAAUGGAUGGACUGAAACCUCCAGCUCUUCCUUGCUGUGUAAGCCGGAUGCACAGUUUCACUAAAAUGUGGAGAUGUUUUGAUGUAGGGCUACAUCGCUUUCUGGUCAGGUACAUUUACGUCCCAAUGGGAGGAUCUCAGGCUAGCAUGCUUGGAAGGCUCUUCUCUACAGCACUCACUUUUGCGUUUGUGAGCUAUUGGCAUGGAGGCCAGAGCUACCUUUGGUACUGGGGGACUUUUAAUUGGCUCGGAGUAAUUGUGGAAAAUGGCGUCAUGGGGCUACUCUCUGUUCCACUUAUUCAACGCUUAACUGAUCGUUUCUUCUCACCAAGAAUUCAUCGUCGACUUCAUGCUCUCCUGGCAUCUGUUUGCACUUCAAUGCUGAUUUUAUCGAAUCUAAUAUUUCUUGGAGGAAAUCACGUUGGAAAAAUCUACUGGAACAGGAUCUUUAUGGAAGGCUGGCCAUGGGCAACACUGUCUGUUCAUGGAUUCCUGUACUGCUUCUCGCACGUUGGAAUUGAAUGGGAGCGUACGUACGCGGCAAAUUGAGAAUGACACGGAGGUUUGGUGUCGUGAAUGAUUUUUAAGACGGUUCACAGGUUAACGGCUUCUCUACACUGGAUGUACUUCCCCUCUGCAGAAGAAUGUGCCAAACCAAAUAUAUGAUCACCGUGCUAAAACUGUAAGCUCAUUUAAUUGACUCCGGGUUGCAAAUUCAGCAAUUAAACCAGAAACACUGCUGGCUAUGGCAGGGGACAGGGAGAAAUUAUAAAGCAUUUUGAAUUAUGUUAUAUUUAUAAAACAGCAACUGAGUUUAUAUUGUUAUUAUGCUGCAUCUCAGAAUAGGUAUUUCACAUACAGUGAAGACCAUUUUUGUUCCUUCCAAUGGUUUGCUGCCUGUUUCGACACAUUAAAGAAAACUUUCCUUUUCCUACAUUGCACAAUCCAUUAAUCCCAAACUCUUUCAGCUUCUGUCCAAAGGCACACUGGGUUAUACUCUCCACUUGUUUUAUUCCAUGAAGGGCAGGAUGCUCAUCAUUUCUUUUUGAUUGCUUUCUGGUUUAAGCUAGAAUAUUUCUGCUGUUCUCACUGACUGCAAUUUUUCAGCCUUAAACCAUUUUUUUCUACUUACUGUAGCAAAGUCUGCUUUUCCUUUUGAAUUUCUUAAUCUAAAAUUCCUGAUUUAAACAAUUUCCUUUGCUAGUUUCAGGAGUUUUUUUUUUUUUUUUUGAAGAGGGAGCAGGGAGGCCAGUCUUUUCUUAAGGACCAGCUUUUCUUUUUAAUCAAAUACGACCUUACAGUUCCUCUUGGGCUUUUAGUGCUCUCUACCUUGUAUUAGCGCUAAAGCAUGUAACAUUACCUCUGUUAUGGGGGUGCAUCCCACCUUGAAGGGACUUGUUCAGUCUGCCGCCUGUUCUUUUCUGCUACAAAAGGAGAUAUUCCAGGUCCAUCUGAAUGGUAAACCUAUUUAGUUUUCUUCAUUCUCUGGUGUUCAGGCAAUCAGCUCCUGCAAGAGUAAAGAUGUAGCAGGAGUAGUGUUUUAAGAGCUUUAAAAAGAACAGACCCCCCCUCGGUUACAGUAGUACCAAAUUAGCCAAAGCUGCACGUCCUUUACCCACAACCAGCCCUGUUACAACAGCAUCUCUGCUAAAACACAGGGUUUCCCAGAGCUGAGAGAAAUUAUGCCUGUGUGAUUGCAAGCAUCAAAGCUGUGUGAGUGCUCCUGCACUUGCCAUUUUCUGAAGGAAAGGGAGAUCCUCCUCAGGUGUGACACAAGGGAUGUCCCCCAAGCAUAGAGCAGAUGUUUCUUUUUGAACGGAUAUCGAAGAGCAGCCUGGAGACCUUUAGUCACGUGGUCUAGACUUUCCAUUAGGCACAGCAAAAGGUCACCAGUCCUAGAGAAGGCUUCUGCUAACAGACUCUUCCUGAACCCAAAGCAGAACAAUUUCUGUCGAAACUUGUUCUGGGUGCCCUUGCAGCCAUUUCAGCUUGUUGGGAGGAGCAGAUAGUGUCAUCCCAGCCAUCACUACUGCAGCUUCAGAAGAGUCCGAUCGAGAUAAACCCUAUAACCAGAAAUUCAGUCCCUAAGAUAGACAGCUCAGUCCUUGCGUUUCUGAUGUCUCUGCUGCUCACAAUUAUGGCCACCUUCAUUUUCCCCUUCAUUUGUUUAUGAAGAAUUAAGGGCAGAGGCUUCAGUUUUUUACCUCUGAAACUCUGGUCUCAGUAGCUCCCUCCAGAGACUAAGCUCAUUGCUUGCAAGGCAGCCCCUCCGGCCCUUUACGUUUAGGGGAGGGUUCCCCCCAUCGGAGUGCAGUGAUUUCCCUGAGGAGCAGUUUCUAGGGUAAACAGUGGCCUGUUGACAGUCAGACUUACCAUGCAUGUGACUUGGCCAGAGACGUGGCUCUCCUGAUUGACUUACAAGGAUCCUCUCAAUCGCAGAGAAGUAUACUGCUCUCAGCCUGUGACUUUUCUACCAGUAUCUGAUAGUGGCCUCCAUUCUGGAGUAGAACUGAGCUAAGGGCAAGAAUUCCCUGAAACCUAACUCAAACUUUGUAAUUAGAUGGAAUUAGCAUUGGAGUAAAAAGUCAUGAGUCUGUUCUUCACUCUUAUCGAUUACCGUUAUAUGAAACGACUGGCUAAAAAGUGAUUAAAUUCCAAUUUGUAUGCAUGCAAAGCUUCCUACUGCAAUAUGGAAAUGACCUUGAAGGUCAACUAGAUUAUGCUUCCUUCUAAUUGUUUUUUUUAUACAUGUAUUUUUUCCAGUGCUUUACAUAUCUCCCACAGUUUUGUAUACUUUUUUUGUUUCUAAAAAUAAAGCUCAAACUGAGUGUUGGCUUGAGAACGUUGCCUUAGCUAUGGCUUGGUGUAAGAAAAGUAAAUGCAUCACUGCACUGAGGAAGCGUCAAUUAUUAUACACUGGAAGCCUGCAAGAUGGAUUUGAGCCACAUUAGUUACUUUUAGUCCUCUUGUGCCGUAUAUGGAACAUGCAGUCCUUAACAGAACAAGUGCAAAAAGCAAAUACACCUUUUGUAGAUUA